GCUCCGGAACGAACCUGCAACCACCGCAGAGCACGCCGUCGAUCGAAUCGAGCGACCCAGAGCCAAGCCAAUCCGAGCCGAGAGUUUCUUCUCCGUUGCCAGCGCCGCCGAGCAGACGACGGCGACGACGAUGGGCAAGAUCAAGAUGCCGGCCCUCUUCCGCCGCCGCUCCUCCUCCAAGUCGCGCUCCGCGUCGCCGCCGCCUACUCCCCAGGAGGAAGAGGGCACCCGGCCGGCGUCGGGCGCGGGGUCCCCGGCGCGGUCGGCGGAGGAGGAGAUGGAGCGGGUGUUCCGCAAGUUCGACGCCAACGGCGACGGCCGGAUCUCGCGGCCGGAGCUGGCGGCCCUGUUCGAGAGCCUGGGCCACGCGGCCACGGAGGACGAGCUGACCCGCAUGAUGGCGGAGGCGGACGCGGACGGCGACGGCUUCAUCAGCCUGGAGGAGUUCGCGGCGCUCAACGCCACGGCGGCCGGCGACGACGAGGAGGACCUGCGGCUGGCCUUCAAGGUGUUCGACGCGGACGGCAGCGGCGACAUCUCGGCCGCGGAGCUGGCGAGCGUGCUCCACGGCCUCGGCGAGAAGGCGACGGUGCAGCAGUGCCGGCGCAUGAUCGAGGGCGUGGACAAGAACGGCGACGGCCUCAUCUCCUUCGACGAGUUCAAGGUCAUGAUGGCCUCCGGCUUGGCCGCCAAGAUGGCCUGACCCGUCCAUCCUCUUGUUGAUUCAGCGAUUUCGUCCACGCCUCCCUCCCUCCUUCCUCUCGCGUGCCGUGCGGUGCGGUGCGGUGCGGAUUAAGUGCGAAUUAAGUGUACAUAAUUCAAGGAUUAAAGGGCGGCCAUUAGAGUAGAUUAUUUCUUUCGUUUCUUGGUGGUGCGAGUAAUAACUAGAAAUCUCUCGCGAAUAACUGUGUCGCGAAUAUCGAUCUGAGAUCAAAGAGAUUGACGAGGCUUGAAGGGGAUAUAAAAAGCAGUGGUUGAUGGUUAA